GGGUUGGCCGGCAGUACGGUACGGUACGGUACUGCGUUGUCUGCCUUACCUUAGUUAGAUAUGUCGGAGUCUCGUGGCCGUUGGAGUAGACUCGGUUAUUGGCCUGGGUGAGGCUUGGAGGCCGGGAAUAUGUCUCUGAAGAAACGGACCAAGAACGGAACUGGGGGCGGUGAUGCACUGCGACAAAACAGUUGUGGUCCCUGAUUGGCCACUCACCGAAGCUCACCUUUUUGUCUCCCCUCACCUACCCCUUUUGGGGAAGGGGUUUUCCCGUAGGCUACGGAGGUAUUUGUUUCACAUGUUCAACUACCGAUGCCUAGCGUUCUUUCUUGAAGAAAGACCCGAUUGGGAACCGGGAUUCCGGCAGAGGUUGAGGGAUCGACCGUGCAAGAGAGACACGACACGAAAAAGGGAGAAGAAUUAAAAGGCACAAAAAGAAAAGAAAAGAGAGAAACAACAGCAUAGGCGCUGCCAGAAUGGGAAGGGCCCCUUUCCUAGCGCGGUUGGCUGCACUGUUAUGCACAAGCGAGUGCACGACCUUCUGGAACACCCUUGUUUCCCAGAUCAGGCUUCAUGAUCUCCGCAACUCUGACAUUGCUAGCUUCAUGUUGAAUACCCGCUGUGUCAUGCCGUGUCUGAACCCAGACGGCGGGCGAGUUCGCUGGACUCGCCCGAGUUCCUCUCUGCUGCUAUUUGGGAUCACCUCGCCCCCAGGUCUCACCAGGCUCUUGCUGUUGCUGUCUGGCCUUCUGUCUGUGCAUUACCAUUUGUGCGAGCCACCGAGACCAGAAGGACCCCGGGGGCCCUUUCCCUGUACUACCCAUUUUUUAUAUCGACUACGUACACAUUGGGGUGUUCCUGGGCCAAGGAAUACAUCGUGGAGGACGACGGCAAGGCCAGCAGUGUGUCAGACCAAAGGGACGAUGAGAGAGAAAACGGUUGACACCAGGAGCUGGGGGAGCUGGGGGAGCAGGAGCUGGGGGGAAUAUAUGCAUGGGCGAUCCGGGGCUAGCACUUCCUGUAGGCUCGACGUGUUUGAGGUUCGGGGCAAGACGACAAAACAUCGUGGGACCGUACCGGCGAGCUGGAGGAUCAAUAUGCCCCGGGGCUCUCGCCCGCUUUAUAUCAUCAUGAUCUCUCGUCUUCUCAUCUUUUUGCCACUUCUCGCUUGACAGUGUGCGAUUCUCUCUCUGGCACGAACAAGCUCUAGCGGCGUCGCCUCAUCAACAGGGUUGAC